AUGUCUCAAUUGUUUAAUAGCAAUCAAAGGAAUGUUGCCGUUUGGGUAAACGCAGAGGAGACAAAGCCAUUGCCAGCAUUGGCUGAUCAGGCCUCAUGCCCACCUUGCAUCAGAAGCAUGGGUAAGGGUCCAUGUGGAGACUUGAUCAUCGAGUCAUUCGUCUGCUUCCAAAAGGAGACUGACAAUAGAGAUAAGUGCAUGGAGACCUUUACACAGCUGAGGAAGUGCAUGCUAAAGUUCCCAAUCAGAUACUACGAUGCCCUCUUCCCACAAGACAAGAAAGAGAAAAAGGAUACAGCAAGCGAAACCAAGUAG